AUGAACAUUUGGGAGUCUAAUAAUUCUACUGAUUCAAAACAAAGAAAGAUUCAAAGUAUUGGUGCAACCCGUUGGUGGGCUAAGGAACUGGCGCUUAAGAAAGUAUUUGGAGAUUUUAACAAACCGGAAAACAGUUUAUAUGUUGUUGUUAUUGAUACUUUGGAAAAAAUUGAAAAAAAUGAUAAAAUUAACCCUGACACCAGGGUUACAGCUAAAAAUCAUAAGGAUAAUUUAUUGAAAUACGAAAAUAUAAUCACUGCGCAAAUAUUUUUAAAGAUUUUUAGUAUAACUGGUCCUCUGUCAAGAUAUCUGCAAACUAGAGGAUUAGAUCUUCUUAAAUGUAACCACAUGUUAGAGACGACUAUCGAACAACUGAGGUCUAUACAGAGAGAUUUUAUCUCUAUCCAGGAGGCUACAAACACAUUUUUACGUUGGGCUAAAUUAGAGUUAGAGUCAAAAGACAUAGAUGCAGAUAUACAGGAACAUUUCACUAACGUACGUCGAAGAUACGUAAAAAAAUUUUAUGAAGAAAAAUCAAUUGAUGAGCAGCCACAAUCUCCAGAAGAAAGAUUUAAGAUAUCUACUUUUAACAUGUUGAUGGACAUUGCGGUUGAAGCCAUGAAUAAUCGAUUUUUAAAAAAUAUGGAUAUAUGUAGGGAUAUGGCAAUAUUAGAUCCCAAUAAUUUUGAAGAAAUUUGUAACAAAAAAAGUUUGCCAGACAACUGCAUGAAGUACUUGUCCGCGAAAAUAAUAAAAUAUAAUUCGACUGCAACUUCUUCCCAGUUAAAAGAGGAGCUGUUAAGUUUUGCCUCAAAUUGGGAGAAACUAAAAUUAACUUUGGAGGAUACGUACAAGACAAAUUACGAUCUAGAUCUACAUAUCAUUGAGGACGACUACGAUGAUGAGGAUGGUAUCGAUACUGGGGCAUAUUGUGCACUUGCUACAGCGUAUCAGUAUCUCCUAACACUUCCAAUAACUCAAGUGGAGUGUGAGAGAUCGUUCUCAGUUCUGAAAUAUAUUAAAAAUAGAUUAAGAAAUAGAUUAACAGAUGACCGACUGGAAUCUUUCGUCAUCAUGAAUAUGGAAAAAUCCAUUUUAAACACAGUUGAUAAUGAAGAAGUCAUUAACAGUCUUGCGGCAGAGAGUAGUUUGUUAAAAAAAGCUUUAAUAUAUUAG